GGGCAGCACUACAAUUAAGUUCAACAUAUAUUUUAAUUUCAAAACAAAAUGCUGCGCGUUGCACCAAUCAAAAACACGUUGCUCGAUGGGGCUACCAUAACCGAGCAGCUAUACACAACACCUAAGGAUUGUGAAGACUUUUUUGAAAGCCUAGAGAAACCCACUGAAGUUAAAGCAACACCACGUUCCACCUUUAUACGUGCCGGCGUGUUAACAACGGUGCGAGGUUCGGCUUAUAUGGAAUAUGGCAAUACCAAAGUGUUGGCAAUCGUGGCGCCACCACGGGAGCUGAUGCGUUCGAGCGCACGCCGUAUGAAUAUGGGCGUGCUGAAUUGCUAUGUAAAUUUCGCAGCGUUUGCCAGCGGAGAGUUAGAAACGGUGCCAGAGAGGGAGAAACAUUUGGGUGGCAUGUUGACUAAAGCGUUAGAGCCACUUGUUUGCCGGAAUGAGUUUCUUAACUUUCAGCUGGAUGUACGUGUGCUCAUUCUUGACGAUGAUGGCUGUCUUCUGAGCACGGCGAUUAAUUGCUGCGGCGUGGCGCUGGUUGAGUGCGGCAUAUCCACAUAUGAUAUAAUCACAGCCUCUACCGCGUGUAUUUAUAAAAAUCUUGUAUUUGUGAAUCCCAGCGCCAAAGUGGAAGAGCUACUCGGUCAGCAUCGUGGCGCUGACAGCGCACAGAUGGAGGAACACGGAUUGCUAAUGAAUGCCAGUAUGGAUACAUUUGAGCAGCUGGCGCAGUGCCAACAAUGCGGCUAUAUGAAACCGGAAACGUUUGUUAAGCUGCUUGACUAUACUCUUGAGAUAAAUAAAAGUCUGCGUCAGCUUAUACGACGUGUGUUAACGGACCGUGUAAAGGAGCAGCAUGUUCUGGACAAAAAGGAGCAGGAAGCAGAACGGCAGGAAGAUGAGCGUUUAGCGGGUAUUAUUGCACGCCUCAAGGAGCAAGGUCUUCAUGAGUUUAUACAGUCCAACAUAAAAGAGGAUCCCUAUACUAAGAAAUAAAUUCGCAUUGUCUUUUUA